CGUGAAGGCCCAAUACUACUCUGCGUACGGCUCAUUUUUUCAGAUUUCGAAGAAUCUAUCUCCCGACGGCCCCUCUCUGUCUCCUCCUCCGGAAAGCUUUCUCUCUCUCCAGAAAUCGUUGAAGAAUCCUGAUUACAUAGCAAUGGCGACAUCGUUAGCUCGAAUCUAUAGAAGAGGAGUCACCUCAGCUGUGUCUUCGAAUCUGAUUCGGCGUUACUUCGCAGCGGAAGCGGUAGCGGUGGCGACGACGGCGGAAGUUCCUAAGCCGAAAUCGGAGGUGACGCCGUCGCCGGAUCGGGUGAAAUGGGACUACAGAGGCCAAAGACAGAUCAUUCCUCUGGGUCAGUGGCUACCGAAGGUCGCAGUCGACGCCUACGUGGCACCUAACGUUGUGUUGGCCGGUCAGGUCACCGUCUGGGACGGUUCGUCCGUGUGGAACGGUGCCGUUUUGAGGGGAGAUCUCAACAAGAUCACCCUUGGAUUCUGCUCAAAUGUCCAGGAACGGUGUGUUGUUCACGCCGCGUGGUCCUCCCCAACAGGAUUACCAGCAGAUACAUUGAUCGACAGGUACGUGACAGUAGGUGCAUACAGUCUUUUAAGAUCAUGCACUAUCGAACCCGAAUGCAUCAUCGGGCAACACUCGAUACUAAUGGAAGGUUCACUGGUCGAGACCCGGUCAAUCCUGGAAGCUGGUUCUGUUUUGCCACCUGGCAGAAGGAUCCCAUCUGGUGAACUCUGGGGAGGCAAUCCAGCAAGGUUUAUUCGAACACUCACCAAUGAAGAAACCUUAGAGAUCCCGAAACUCGCUGUUGCCAUUAACCACCUUAGUGGAGAUUACUUCUCUGAGUUCUUACCUUACUCUACUGUGUAUCUAGAGGUUGAGAAGUUCAAGAAGUCCCUUGGGAUUGCCGUCUAGAAAGCUUUCCUUUUCCAGGUUUCUGGCUACUUCCCUCAUUUUAGAAAGCUUCCUUUUUGCAUUCGGUUUCGAGUCUGAUCUGAAUAAGUAGCUGCGGAACAACAACAAAAAUGCAAAGCUGUGUUUCGAAUGUUGUCUUCUCUGUUUGUUUUUGUUAAAUUCAUAUCCUUGUGUUCAGACUUUCUAUAUAAUAUGAUAAUGGUGAAAACUGAAA